AUGAAUCUUUUGAAAAUUGCUGUUUUUUUAUUCAAUGUGCAAUUUGUGUAUCUUCUUAAUACAUAUUUUCAAAGUUAUGCUAAAGAAGAGGUACAAAAACAAGCAGCCCGAAAUGUGAUUGAAAGACUUAUAGGGCACAAAGUUGAAAAUAUAUCCUUAAAAAUAAAUUUCACUUUGCCUCUCAACUAUUUUAAGAUUCUUAAGACAAAUCAUACAGAUAUUCUUCUCAUUGAAGCAUCAAAUGGAGUAUCCGCUUGUAAAGCAUUUCAAUAUUAUUUGAAAAGGUUUUGCAAAGCUCACAUAUCGUGGGAUGGAAAUCAGUUAUCAUCAUUUGAUGGUACAUUUCCUGAAGCUCAAUAUGAAAUGCAAUCUUCAAGUCAAAUAAUUUAUUAUCAAAAUGUAUGUACUCACUCAUACAGUUAUUCGUGGUGGUCAAUUAAUGAAUGGAGACAACACAUCGAUUGGAUUGCUUUAUCUGGAAUCACUUUAACUUUAGCGCCUUUUCAAGAAGAUGUUUGGAAUGAAGUUUAUAAGGAUUAUGGUUUAUCUCAAACGGACAUCACUGAGCAUUUUGCGGGACCAGGAUUUUUCGCAUGGCAACGAAUGGGAAAUAUAAGAGGAUGGGGAGGGAAACUUUCUCAUAAUUUCAUCAACUUUUCAUCAAUACUUCAACAAAAUAUAAUACAAUCACUCAAUAAUCUUGGCAUAGCAAUUGCUUUGCCUUCUUUUGAUGGACAUUUACCAGUUGGUUUUGCUAAAAUUUUUCCAGAUAUUAAAUUUACUUUAACAGAGCAAUGGAAUCAUUUUCCAAUGAACUAUUGUUGUCCACUUUUCCUGGAUCCUACGGAGCCGCUCUUUAUAGAUAUUGGAAAAAAGUUUUUAACUCGUCUGACUGAAAAAUAUGGAACAAAUCAUAUUUAUUUUAGCGACCCUUUCAAUGAAGUGCAACCACAUGUUUCAAGUUCAGAGUACUUAAGAAAUGUUUCAACAUCAAUUUUUUCAAUAAUGACAUCAGUGGAUCAAAAAGCUGUAUGGCUGUUGCAAGGAUGGAUGUUUGUCAAAAAUCCUUUCUGGACCAAUGAAUUGAUAGAAAGUUUUCUUACAGCUGUGCCUCAAGGAAAAAUGUUAGUACUCGAUUUGCAGAGUGAACAACAUCCUCAAUAUAAUAGAACUCAUUCAUUUUUUGGCCAACCUUUUAUUUGGUGUAUGUUGCAUAACUUUGGUGGCACUUUAGGAAUGCAUGGAUCUUUGGAAUUAAUUAACAUCGAGUUGUUAAGUGCUUCAAAAAUCAAUGGUUCUUCCUUGGUGGGUGUUGGAAUAACUCCUGAAGGUAUUCAUCAAAAUUAUGUAGUAUAUGAAUUUGUUUUGGAGAAAGCGUGGAAUUACAAACAAUUCAACGUUAAAAAAUGGAUAAAACAUUAUUCUAAUGUUCGGUAUGGUUUCGUGUCAAAGGAAGUAGAAAGUGCCUGGGUGUUACUCCUUAAAAGUGUCUAUGCAUUUGAGGGUCAACAAAAUAUCCGUGGUAAAUAUACAUAUUGCAGACGUCCAACUUUGAAAUGGAAACCUUGGAAAUGGUAUGAUGAGAAAUAUGUUCGAAUUGCUCUGCAUAAGUUUCUAUUAACAUCAACAAAUGAAACUUUAUAUUUUAAUAAUUUGUUUCAAAGGGAUUUAGUUGAUUUGACUCGUCAAGUCUUACAAAAUCAAGCUGACAUUUUGUAUUUGGCUAUUGUCAAAAAUUUUAAAACAAAAACAAAUAUAACACAUUUGUCAUUUUUAUGUGAAACCUUUUUGGAACUUCUUAGAGACUUAGACACUCUUCUUGGUACGCAUAAUGAUUUCCUUCUAGGAAAAUUUCUUGAGAGUUCAAAAUCUUUGGCGUCUAACAAUGCAGAAAGAAAACAAUUUGAAUUUAAUGCACGAAAUCAAAUAACUCUUUGGGGACCAAAUGGUCAAAUAACUGAUUAUGCAACAAAACAAUGGAACGGUAUAGUAAAAGAUUAUUAUCUGCCUAGAUGGUCUCUGUUCUUUCAAAAACUACUUUCAUCAUUGGAACAAAAUAUUCCUUUCAAUCAAUCUCAAUUCCAAAAAAGUGUAUUUGAAGAAGUGGAGAUGCCGUUCAACUUGGAAAAUAAAACAUAUCCAAUAGUUUCAGAUGGAAAUAGUAUUGACUAUAGCAGAUUCCUGUUUCAAAAAUGGAACAAUAUGAACAUCACUGAGCCUUAAGUUCUAUCAACAU